AUGUCGAAGACCAUAAGCAAGGGGACCUUGAACCUCAAGUUCAUGCAAAAUGCGCAACGUGCAAAUCAACUUCAGGAGGUGGAACUCGAUCGAGCAGAAGUGCAGGAUGACGGCAAGUGGGAGGUUAGUCAAGCAGUGAGGGACGCAUGGGGUUUGGGAAAAGAUACGGUGUCACAGUUGUCGGAAGUCCAUGAAGCUUCUUAUCUCCCAUUUCUCUUCGACAAAAGCGACGAAACAGAUGACGUGUCGACGACCUCACGGAAGACACAUGGGCGCCGUGUUUUCAAUAAGGAUGGGAAGGAAGUCUUGCAAACGUCGUCCAGCGAACCGGCCUUCCUGCCACCUUCCUCAGCUGCCGAACCUCCUCCUGCUCCCACGGACCGCAAGCCUGUCCACAGACCCACCUCGAUAAGUGGCUCACGGACAUCGAGUCAGCAAUCGAAGACCAAAGACUCCAAAACCGCACGACAGGCCAUCUUUGAAAGUGGUGGUGUUGGCGUCGACCUCCGAACUCAGGCUCGAGAGGCAGCACCGACAGAAUUCCUGAAACCCGCGGGCGUAGAUGACCCUAAGGAUACCAAGCCCGUGCUACCUGAAUCUCCGGCCUCAGCACCUCACAACCUCACAUCCGGCGCCCGUGAACAGAAAGUAAAACGGGAGCGAGAAGCGCCGGUCAACGAUUCCGGUGAGGCUCGUGCGAAGCCCAAGAAAAGGAAGAAGAAGGAAACAGAAUGA